AUGUCUCGUGGUGCACUUCCUGCCUUGCCGCUGAUCUCCGCAGGGAAUGAGGAUGUAGUGUUCUCGCACAAGUCCCUCAAGGGGACUAGUCCAGAUAGUGUGGAUAAUGAACGUUUGGCAUUCUUGGGAAGUGCGGUUUAUCAUGCCAGCGUGACCAAGUACCUGUGUGCAAAGUUUCCUACUCAAAGGACCGGGUAUCUGACUAUGAUCCGAUCAUCCCUAGUUUCGAAAGAAUACCUUGCAGUGUUCUCACUUGCGUAUCAGCUCCCACAACGUCUCCGUUUACAGCCCGGGCUCUCAGUUCAUCAUUUACCCCCCGCACAGAUGGAAGUCUUUCAAGCUUACCUCGGCGCUAUAACACUCGAACGCGGGACCGAAGUCUUGGACAGCUUUGUUAAAUCUCUGCUCGAUUCUAUUCCUCCCACAGACGAAGUCUGGAAUCCUAGGAAUGGGGGGUCUAAACCGCCGUCCGUUGUCGCCCCCUCCCCAUCGCCGUCUACAAGUGUCAGCGCAAAUAGAGUGACUCCAUCGUUAGCAAAUGGAGAUCAACAGCCAGGACCAGGUACCCUGAGUCAGAUCCCCCCUCCAUAUGAACCACCCGAGCCCACUUCGCCUCGCCUACAUGACGAUAUCGAGUCCCUGUACGGGUCGCCUGCCCGCGUACCUCAGGAAUUGCCCACAUCCCAGCUACAAAGUCAACAGGACCGACGAGAAGGUUGUUCCAGCCCUGGGAUUGUUCAUAUUCCUGCUAAAAGACCGCUUUCAGCGCACGAUUCGCCGAAGAGACCAGCACCAUCGCUUCCUCGAGCCCCCUCUUCCACACCGCCGGAUCCGGUGCGCCUGGCCGCAUCUGCAACACAAACAACAGUGUCGGCUGCGACAGCCGCCCCAUUGGUGGCGCCAGCCCCUGUAUUGAAGGCGAGGGCUGAUUUAUUGGCAUUGUUCUCUAACAAACCGUUCCAAUCUCCUCCGUCUCUCACGAAUAAUGGGCACACAGCAGCCUCCGAACCCCCAUCUUCGUUUUCAUUCAAUCAAUCAGUGACCCCGGCAUCGCCACUUGCAACAAACAAAGAUUUGCACUUCCCUCUUUCCCAGCCAUCUCUGUCCGAGCAGUCUUCCCCUACAAAAACCGAAGGAACCGAAGAGAUAGAGAAUCACUUCAAGGCUUGGCUUCAACAGCAGUUGGCAUCCUCUUCUGCCUCGUCGCCAUCAUCGCCCCUCUCGGCAUCAUUUAGGACAGCAGGCCAGAGUACACCUACCGUUGCACCUUCUGCUGGUGCUAGCCCAGGCACUGCAACGCCAAGCCACUUUCCUAGCUUUUCUGGGGUUCAACCCUCAGCAGUACCUCAACCGCCCUCUUCACCGAUAAAAGAUUCAUCCGGAAAACCAUAUAUGAGUCAGCUACUCGAGGAAGCAACUCGGAGGAAAGUUGGGCCGUUGACGUGGGAUUUCGAGAGUUCGGGCCCGUCUCAUUUACCGAGGUGGGAAGCUAGAAUUAAAUGUAUGGGUAUCAUUGUUGGUCGGGGAUCGGCCCAAAAUAAGACGAUUGCGAGGACUAUGGCGGCAAGGAAUGCUCUUGAGAGUUUGGAGUGGCCGAUCAUUGAUUAA